GAAGAAACAAGAUGGCGGCUGAAGGCGAUCCGGAGUGGGGCCCUAGCAAUUCGGAUUGAGCCUUCUCCCUCCACCCGCUUCCGCCGGCCGGGCCCCUCCCGCCCGGCCCCGCGGGCCUCCCCACCCGGCCUCGGCGCCCCCCACCGCCACCUCUCCGCCCGCCCCUCCCCCUUCGCUUUCCCUUCUCCCCCCACCUCGGCUCCGACAUGAGGGGCCGGCGGGGCAGGCCGCCCAAGCAGCCCGCGGCUCCCGCUGCGGAGCGCUGCGCCCCGGCCCCGCCGCCGCCGCCGCCGCCACCGCCCACGUCCGGACCCAUCGGGGGGCUCCGUUCGCGGCACCGCGGCAGCAGCCGGGGCAGGUGGGCCGCCGCCCAGGCUGAGGUGGCGCCCAAGACGCGGCUGAGCUCGCCCAGGGGGGGCAGCAGCAGCAGCAGCCGAAGGAAGCCGCCGCCGCCGGCCCCCCCCAGCACCAGCGCCCCGGGCCGGGGGGGGCGAGGAGGCGGGGGCGGCAGGACGGGGGGCGGGGGCGGCGGCGGCGGCGGCCACCUGGCCCGGACCACCCCGGCCCGGAGGGCCGUCAACAAAGUGGUGUACGAUGACCACGAGAGCGAGGAGGAGGAGGAGGAGGAGGACAUGGUCUCCGAGGAGGAGGAGGAGGAGGACGGCGACGCCGAGGAGACCCAGGAUUCCGAGGACGAAGAGGAAGAUGAGAUGGAAGAGGACGACGAUGACUCCGAUUAUCCGGAGGAGAUGGAAGACGACGACGACGAUGCCAGUUACUGCACGGAAAGCAGCUUCAGGAGCCAUAGCACCUAUAGCAGCACUCCAGGUAGGCGAAAACCAAGAGUACAUCGACCUCGUUCUCCAAUAUUGGAAGAAAAAGAUAUCCCACCCCUUGAAUUUCCCAAGUCCUCUGAGGAUUUAAUGGUGCCUAACGAGCAUAUAAUGAAUGUUAUUGCCAUUUAUGAGGUACUGCGGAACUUUGGCACUGUUUUAAGGUUAUCUCCUUUUCGCUUUGAGGACUUCUGUGCAGCUUUGGUGAGUCAAGAGCAGUGUACACUCAUGGCGGAGAUGCACGUUGUGCUUUUGAAAGCAGUUUUACGUGAAGAAGACACUUCCAAUACUACCUUUGGACCUGCUGAUCUGAAAGAUAGCGUUAAUUCCACGCUGUAUUUCAUAGAUGGAAUGACGUGGCCGGAGGUGCUGCGGGUGUACUGUGAGAGUGAUAAGGAGUACCAUCAUGUGCUUCCUUACCAAGAAGCAGAGGACUAUCCUUAUGGACCAGUAGAGAACAAAAUCAAAGUUCUGCAGUUCUUAGUCGAUCAGUUUCUUACCACAAACAUUGCUCGUGAGGAAUUGAUGUCUGAAGGGGUGAUCCAGUAUGAUGACCAUUGUAGGGUUUGUCACAAACUUGGGGAUUUGCUUUGCUGUGAGACAUGUUCAGCGGUGUACCAUUUGGAAUGUGUGAAACCACCUCUCGAGGAGGUGCCAGAGGAUGAAUGGCAGUGUGAAGUCUGUGUAGCACAUAAGGUGCCUGGUGUGACUGACUGUGUUGCUGAAAUCCAAAAAAACAAACCAUAUAUUCGACAUGAACCUAUUGGAUAUGACAGAAGUCGGAGAAAAUACUGGUUCUUAAACCGAAGGCUCAUAAUAGAAGAAGAUACAGAAAAUGAAAAUGAAAAGAAAAUUUGGUACUAUAGUACAAAGGUCCAGCUCGCAGAAUUAAUUGACUGUCUAGACAAAGACUACUGGGAAGCAGAGCUCUGUAAAACUCUGGAAGAAAUGCGCGAGGAAAUCCACCGGCACAUGGACAUAACUGAAGACUUGACCAAUAAGGCUCGGGGCAGCAACAGAUCCUUUCUGGCGGCAGCUAAUGAAGAAAUUUUGGAAUCCAUAAGAGCAAAAAAAGGAGAGAUUGAUAUUGUUAAAAACCCAGAAGAAAUAGAAAAGGACAACAGUGAAACUGAAAAUAACUCCAAAGAUGCUGACAAAAACAGAGAGGAAUUUGAAGACCAGUCCCUUGAAAAAGAUAAUGAUGACAAAACACCAGAUGAUGAUCCUGAGCAAGGAAAAUCUGAGGAGCCAACAGAAGUUGGGGAUAAAGGUAACUCUGAGUCAGCAAAUCUUGGCGACAACACAACAAAUGCUUCUUCAGAAGAGACUAAUCCCUCUGCAGGGAGGAGUCCUGUGGGGUGUCUCUCAGAAACCCAUGAUAGCAGCAACAUGGCAGAGAAGAAGGUGGCAUCUGAGCUCCCCCAGGAUGUACCAGAAGAACCUAACAAGACAUGUGACAGCAGUAACACUAGUGCUACCACUACCUCCAUUCAGCCUAAUCUGGAAAACAGUAACAGCAGCAGUGAACUAAAUUCUUCCCAGAGUGAAUCUGCUAAGGCAGCUGAUGAUCCUGAAAAUGGAGAAAGAGAGUCUCUUACACCUGUCUCUAUUCAAGAAGAGAUAGGUGAUUUCAAAUCAGAGAAGUCUAACGGGGAAAUAAGUGAGUCUCCUGGAGGUGGGCGAGGAGCAUCCGGUUCAACUCGAAUUAUCACCAGAUUACGGAAUCCAGACAGCAAACUUAGUCAGUUGAAGAGCCAACAGGUGGCAGCUGCAGCCCACGAAGCAAAUAAAUUAUUUAAGGAGGGUAAAGAGGUACUGGUAGUUAACUCUCAAGGAGAAAUUUCACGGUUGAGCACCAAAAAAGAAGUAGUCAUGAAAGGAAAUAUCAACAAUUAUUUUAAGUUGGGUCAAGAAGGGAAGUAUCGUGUCUACCACAAUCAAUACUCCACCAAUUCAUUUGCUUUGAAUAAGCACCAGCACAGAGAAGAUCAUGAUAAAAGAAGGCAUCUUGCACAUAAGUUCUGUCUGACUCCAGCAGGAGAGUUCAAAUGGAAUGGCUCUGUCCACGGGUCCAAAGUUCUUACAAUAUCUACUCUGAGACUGACUAUUACCCAACUGGAAAAUAAUAUCCCUUCAUCUUUUCUUCAUCCCAAUUGGGCUUCACACAGGGCAAAUUGGAUCAAGGCUGUUCAGAUGUGUAGCAAACCCAGAGAAUUUGCGCUGGCUUUAGCUAUUUUGGAGUGUGCAGUUAAACCAGUUGUGAUGCUACCUAUAUGGCGGGAGUCUUUAGGACAUACCAGGUUACACAGGAUGACAGCUAUUGAAAGAGAAGAAAAAGAGAAAGUCAAAAAAAAGGAAAAGAAACAAGAAGAGGAAGAAACAAUGCAACAAGCUACAUGGGUAAAAUACACAUUUCCAGUUAAACAUCAGGUGUGGAAACAAAAAGGCGAGGAAUACAGAGUAACAGGAUAUGGUGGUUGGAGCUGGAUUAGUAAAACUCACGUUUAUAGAUUUCUUCCUAAAUUGCCAGGCAAUACAAAUGUGAAUUACAGAAAGUCAUUAGAAGAAACCAAAACUAAUGUGAAUGAAAAUUUGGAUGAAUCAGAUAGAAGGAAAAGCCCACGAAGUCCAAAAAAAAUAAAAACAGAGCCUAAUCCUGAGAAAGAUGAGGUAAAAGAUUCAGAAGCAGCAAAAGGAGCAGACCAAAGUGAAAUGGACAUUUCAAAGAUUACUGAGGAGAAGGACCAAGAUGUGAAAGAAGUUUUAGAUUCUGACAAUGAUAAAUCCUUUAAGGAAGAACCAAUGGAAAUAGAUGAUGUGAAAACAGAGUCACAUAUAAAUUGUCAGGAAAGUUCUCAAGUAGAUGUGGUCAAUGUCAGUGAGGGUUUUCAUCUAAGGACUAGUUAUAAAAAGAAAAUUAAGUCAUCCAAAUUAGAUGGACUUCUUGAAAGGAGAAUUAAACAGUUUACACUGGAAGAAAAACAGCAACUCGAAAAAAUGAAGUUGGAGGGUGGAAUUAAGGGUACAGGAAAGACCUCUACAAGUUCUUUGAAAAGUCCAUCUGAGUCACCAGUAAUAACAAAAGCAAAAGAAGGGUGUCAAAGUGACUUACUUAGACAAGAACAAAGCCCUAAUGAAAGUAACGAUAAAUCUGAAGACUUUAUUCAGGGAUGUUCACAGAGUGAUUCCUCAAUUCUGGGAAUCAGUGAUCCUGAUCAUGCAACGAAUAAACUUUAUCCAAAAGAUCAAAUGUUAGAUGACAUCUCCAUUCAGAGCCCAGAGACAAACUAUCAGAAACAAAAUUCUGUUGGAAAUGACAUAGAUGAGAGUCUCUCUGAACCAACCAGUAAAGGCUUAGAACCCACUAAGAUUAAAACAAAGGGAAGUGAUUUUCUCAUUGAUGACUCUAAACUAGCCUGUGCAGAUGAAAUUGGUACUUUGAUCUCUAAGAACAAAAAACCACUCACACAGGAGAAUAAUGACGCCAUUGUUUCUCCUUCCCAGAGCCCUUUACUUCCAUCAGUAUCUAAAAGUACUGAUGAUAGAGAUAUCCCAUCUCUGUCAAAAGCAGUGGACUUUCAAGGGAAAACAGGAUGUGACUUUGAAUAUAAUAGCACUUUGGAAAAUAGUUCUGAUACUAUGUCUAUUCAGGACAGCAGUGAAGAAGAUAUGAUUGUUCAGAAUAGCAAUGACAGUAUUUCUGAGCAGUUCAUAACUCAAGAACAAGGUGAAAGCUUGGAACCAUUGAAAUGUGAGUUUGUUUCAGAUAAGUCCACUGGAAACUGUGAUAACAGGCUGCAGGGUAAGAUAACUGAAGCAAAUGGUAAAAAACCAAGUCCAGAACAGAAAUUAGAGGAGAAAUCAGUAAAUAAAUGUAUUGAUCAAAUAAAUCUAAACAGUAGUGCUGACAAAAAGAAUAAUGAAAAUCGAGAAUCUGAAAAGAAAGGACAGAAAGUAAGUACCUUUCAAAUAAAUGGAAAAGAUAAUAAACCUAAAGUAUAUUUGAAAGGUGAAUGUUUGAAAGAGAUCUCUGAGAGUAAAGUAGUAAGUGGUGACAUUGAACCAAAGGUUAAUAAUAUAAAUAAAGUAAUUCCUGAAAAUGAUAUUAAGUCUUUGGCUGUUAAAGAAUCUGCUGUAAAGCCAUUUAUGAAUGGUGAUGUCGUCAUGGAAGAUUUUAAUGAAAACAACAGCUUGGAAGCAAAAUCAUGCUUACCAAGACCUUCAGAUGCGGAAGGUGACUACCAAGAUGGCCUAGAGACCCUGCCAUUAACCAAAGAGUCUGAGAGAGCACAGACUACCACACCUCCACCAUCUUGUCCAGAAAGCAGUUCAGUGAAUCAGGUAGAAGACAUGGAAAUUGAAACCUCAGAAGUUAAGAAAGUUUCUCCAUCACCUAUUACUUCUGGAGAGGAAUCCAACCUCAGUAAUGAUUUCACUGAUGAAAACGGCCUGCCCAGCAACAAAGAUGAAAAUGUCAAUGGAGAAUCUAAAAGAAAAACAGUCAUCACAGAAGUCACCACCAUGACAUCCACAGUGGCCACAGAGUCAAAAACAGUAAUCAAAGUAGCAAAAGGUGAUAAGCAAACUGUGGUCUCUUCCACAGAAAAUUGUGCCAAAUCCACUGUUACAACCACCACAACGGUAACAAAGCUUUCCACACCCUCCAUGGACAGCAAUGUGGACAUCAUCUCUGUGAAGGAGCAGAGCAAAACUGUGGUCACCACAACAGUGACAGACUCACUGACCACUGCAGGAGGCACUCUAGUAACAUCUAUGACUGUGAGCAAAGAAUAUUCCACAAGAGAUAAAGUGAAACUCAUGAAAUUUUCAAGACCCAAGAAGACUCGUUCAGGUACAGCUCUACCAUCCUAUAGAAAGUUUAUCACCAAGAGCAGCAAGAAGAGCAUAUUUGUUCUACCUAAUGAUGACUUAAAAAAGUUGGCCCGAAAAGGAGGAAUCCGAGAAGUCCCUUAUUUUAAUUACAAUGCUAAACCUGCCUUGGAUAUAUGGCCAUAUCCUUCUCCUAGACCAACCUUUGGUAUCACUUGGAGGUACAGACUCCAGACCGUAAAGUCCUUAGCUGGAGUGAGUCUUAUGUUACGUUUACUGUGGGCAAGUCUGAGAUGGGAUGACAUGGCAGCCAAGGCUCCUCCAGGAGGAGGGACUACACGAACAGAAACAUCUGAAACUGAAAUCACAACAACAGAAAUAAUUAAGAGGCGAGAUGUUGGUCCUUAUGGCAUUCGAUCAGAAUAUUGUAUCAGGAAAAUCAUUUGCCCCAUUGGAGUUCCAGAAGCACCAAAAGAAACACCUACACCUCAGAGGAAAGGCCUUCGAUCAAGUGCAUUGCGGCCAAAGAGACCAGAAACGCCCAAGCAAACUGGCCCUGUUAUUAUCGAAACCUGGGUAGCAGAGGAAGAGUUGGAAUUAUGGGAGAUCAGGGCGUUUGCUGAGAGAGUGGAGAAAGAAAAGGCACAAGCAGUUGAGCAACAGGCUAAGAAACGGUUGGAACAGCAGAAGCCUACAGUAAUUUCAGCUUCUACAACUUCACCAACACACAGUACAACCAGUACCAUCUCUCCAGCACAGAAAGUUAUGGUGGCCCCUAUAAGUGGUUCAGUUACACCUGGAACUAAAAUGGUACUAACUACUAAAGUUGGAUCUCCAGCUACAGUAACAUUCCAGCAGAACAAGAACUUCCAUCAGACCUUUGCUACAUGGGUUAAGCAAGGCCAGUCAAAUUCAGCCACCAGCACAGCUGCCACAUCUGCUACAACCAUUGCCAGCACAGGUCAGACGUUCCAAAUUACAGGCAAUCCAGUCACUAUGGCAGGAAAAGUAAUUACCAAACUGCCACUUCCUGCAAACAGCAAGAUUGUCGCUGUAAAUGUGCCAGCAACACAAGGAGGUGUUGUGCAAGUACAACAAAAAGUUCUGGGUAUCAUUCCAUCAAGUACAGGUACAAGUCAGCAAACCUUUACUUCAUUCCAACCCAGGACAGCAACAGUCACUAUUAGGCCCAAUACCUCGGGCUCUGGAGGAACCACGAGCACAUCACAAGUAAUCACAGGGCCUCAGAUCCGCCCUGGUAUGACGGUGAUUAGAACACCACUCCAACAGUCAACACUAGGAAAGGCAAUUAUUCGGACACCUGUGAUGGUACAGCCAGGUACUCCUCAACAAGUAGUGACUCAGAUCAUCAGAGGACAACCUGUUUCCACUGCAAUCUCUGCCCCUAAUGCAGUUUCUUCAACACCUGGGCAGAAAGGAUUAACUUCAGGAACAUCCACUGCAAAUCUGCAGUCUUCAACCUCACAGUCCCCUCGCCCCCAGCAAGGACAGGUGAAGCUUACCAUGGCUCAGCUCACUCAGUUAACACAGGGCCACGGUGGCAAUCAAGGUUUGACAGUAGUAAUUCAAGGACAAGGUCAAACUACUGGACAAUUGCAGUUGAUACCUCAAGGGGUGACUGUACUUCCAGGUCCAGGACAGCAGCUGAUGCAAGCUGCGAUGCCAAACGGUACUGUUCAGCGAUUCCUCUUUACCCCAUUGGCAACAACAGCCACAACAGCCAGCACCACCACCACCACCGCUGUUUCCACCACAGCAGCAGGUACAAAUGAACAAAGACAGAGUAAAUUAUCACCCCCAACACAGGUGCAACAAGCCAAAACCCUGCCACCAGCUCAGUCAUCAAGUGUGAAUCCUCCGGAAUCCCAGCCACAGACUGCUCAGCCUUCAGCUCAGCCCCAGCCCCAAACUCAGCCCCAGUCCCCAGCUCAGCCUGAAGUUCAGACUCAGCCUGAAGUUCAGACCCAAACAACUGUUGCAUCCCAUGUCCCUUCUGAAGCACAACCCACCCAAGCACAGUCAUCCAAACCCCAAGUUGCAGUACAGUGUCAGCCUCAAAGUAAUGUCCAAGGACAGUCUUCUGCUUGCGUCCAAAGUCCACCACAGGCUCGAAUACGUCCAUCAACUCCAUCCCAGGUGUCUCCUGGUCAGCAAUCCCAGGUUCAGACUACAACCUCACAACCGAUUCCAAUUCAGCCACAUACAUCUCUUCAGAUACCUACCCAGGGCCAGCCACAAUCACAACCCCAGGUACAGUCUUCACCUCAAACUCUUUCAUCGGGACAGACGUUAAGUCAAGUUACUGUUUCAUCCCCAUCCCGUCCUCAGCUACAAAUACAGCAGCCACAGCCCCAAGUCAUUGCUGUGCCUCAGCUGCAGCAAGUCCAGGUUCUCUCUCAGAUCCAGUCGCAGGUUGUGGCUCAGAUACAGGCUCAGCAAGGUGGUGUGCCCCAGCAAAUCAAACUCCAGUUACCUAUUCAAAUUCAGCAAAGCAGUCCUGUGCAGACUCACCAGAUUCAGAAUGUGGUUACAGUGCAGGCAGCCAGUGUGCAAGAGCAGUUGCAAAGGGUUCAGCAACUCAGGGAUCAGCAGCAAAAGAAGAAACAGCAACAGAUAGAAAUUAAGCGGGAACACACCCUCCAAGCUUCUAAUCAAAGUGAAAUCAUUCAGAAACAGGUGGUGAUGAAACAUAAUGCUGUAAUAGAACAUUUAAAACAGAAAAAGACCAUGACUCCAGCGGAAAGAGAAGAGAAUCAAAGAAUGAUUGUCUGUAACCAGGUGAUGAAGUAUAUUUUGGAUAAGAUAGAUAAAGAAGAAAAACAAGCUGCGAAAAAACGAAAGCGCGAAGAGAGUGUGGAACAGAAACGUAGCAAGCAGAAUGCUACCAAGCUCUCUGCCCUGCUCUUCAAACACAAAGAGCAACUCAAAGCUGAAAUACUGAAAAAGAGAGCUCUGUUGGACAAAGAUCUACAAAUUGAAGUGCAGGAAGAGCUCAAGAGAGACCUGAAAAUUAAGAAAGAAAAGGAAAUGGUGCAGGCUACAGCAGCAGCUGCCACCCCCCCUGCAGCACCUCCUGCACCUCCAGCCCCUCCGCCUUCGCCUCCGCCUCCGCCUCCCCCGCAGCACUCAGGCCCCCAGGCCACUGCCACAGCCGCGCUGCCUGUGGCUUCCCAGAAGAGGAAGCGAGAAGAGGAAAGAGACUCAAGCUCCAAGUCCAAGAAGAAGAAAAUGAUCUCUACUACCUCAAAGGAAACUAAGAAGGACACAAAGCUUUACUGUAUCUGUAAAACGCCUUACGAUGAAUCUAAGUUCUAUAUUGGCUGUGAUCUUUGUACUAACUGGUAUCAUGGAGAAUGUGUUGGCAUCACAGAAAAGGAGGCUAAGAAAAUGGAUGUGUACAUCUGUAAUGAUUGUAAACGGGCACAAGAGGGCAGCAGUGAGGAAUUGUACUGUAUCUGCAGAACACCUUAUGAUGAGUCACAAUUUUAUAUUGGCUGUGAUCGGUGUCAGAAUUGGUACCAUGGGCGCUGCGUUGGCAUCUUGCAGAGUGAGGCAGAGCUCAUUGAUGAGUAUGUCUGUCCACAGUGCCAGUCAACAGAGGAUGCCAUGACAGUGCUCACGCCACUGACCGAGAAAGAUUAUGAGGGUUUGAAGAGGGUGCUGCGUUCUUUACAGGCACAUAAGAUGGCCUGGCCCUUCCUGGAACCAGUGGAUCCUAAUGAUGCACCAGAUUAUUAUGGUGUUAUUAAGGAACCUAUGGACCUUGCCACCAUGGAAGAAAGAAUACAAAGGCGCUACUAUGAAAAGCUGACGGAAUUUGUGGCAGAUAUGACCAAAAUUUUUGAUAAUUGUCGUUACUACAAUCCAAGUGACUCCCCUUUUUACCAAUGUGCAGAAGUUCUUGAAUCGUUCUUUGUACAGAAAUUGAAAGGAUUCAAGGCUAGCAGGUCUCAUAACAACAAACUGCAGUCUACAGCUUCUUAAAGUUCAGCGUGUUAACCUAAGCAUAAAACACAGCAAGAAUCUGGUUGUCUGAACUAUUUUAAAUUAAGGAGCCAGAUGUUUUUAGUCAGGUUAUCCUGACAAGACUUGACCUAAACUUCGUUUUUAUUGGUCAUAGCAGUCCAGUUUUAUUCUUGACCAGUUUUGUCCAACGGACAAAGGAAAAGCGAAGUCAGCGACACCAUUAUCUUGUCAAGAUCAAAUGGUUUUUACUAUUGUGGCAGAAGCGGGAAAAUUUUAUUGAAAAAAAAAAAAAGAAAAAAGAAAGCAAGAAAAAAAGAUAAUAUGGGGUCAAGUGUAACUCCAUGGAAAUGCCACGUCUGCUCUUCAGUGAAGAAGCUGGUUUAGAGUCUCACAGAAAACUUUGACUGUAUUUAUUUAUUGUUGCAAAAAAGACGCUUUUUUAUUGCUGCCCUCAUUUGUCAGCUAAUUAUUUUUUCUUAUAAAAUCCAGCCCCGGUUACAUGUAAUCCAUUCUGUAUCUUAUCAUGAUUCCUAUAGGCAAAAGUACAAGACGACCUCUAGAUGUCUUUUCUUUCUAUGAAAGGAGCUGCUAUGUACACAUGUGCACACACACACAACUGGGAAUCAACAAUGAGUUUAUUGUUCAUGGUAGAUGAAAAUUAAGCUUGCAUAAAGGUUGGGUUAAGUGGUCCUGGACUACAGACUCUGUUGCCUUGAAUAUAACAGUACAAUUUGUCAUUUACUCUGCACCAGGCUAAAAUGAGUAAAAUCUAUUUGAAGGUAUCUUGUUUGUAAACAUUUGUCAGAUUCUAAUUUUUUUCUUUUUGUAUUAAAAUUCAACUAUGGAUGUAUAUGAAACAAAAUAAAUGGAGAUCAUUUUUCUCCCACAGAUGGUGUCUUUGAAUGUGCGCUAAUGAUUAUCUGUAAGCCUUUGAGGGAAAAGGGAGGGCUGCAAGGUAAACAAAAUGCAGAAGCAUCUAAUUGUACCUGGGUUUGUCCAGGAUAGUAGUGGCCCUUCAUUUUAUAAUUCCCAGCCCAUUGUCAUCAUG